UGAACGGUGAGUCGUUUGUUUUCAUUAGUCAUGGCUUCCAAAAAUUUGCUAUUUCUGGGACUCCUACUUGCUUUAAGUCGCUCUCUUGCUUUAGCAUCAGAUAGUAGUCCUCUUCAAGAUUUCUGUGUGGCAAACCCAAAUGCUCAAGUGCUAGUGAACGGUUUACCAUGCAAGGACCCAAAGCAAGUACAAGCAAGUGAUUUCUUCUUUACUGGGCUGAACAUGGCAGGCAACACAUCGAACCAAGUGGGUUCAAGGGUGACCCCAGUCACAGUAGCACAACUACCAGGCCUAAACACUCUCGGGAUCUCUUUGGCUCGUAUAGACUUUGCACCAUCUGGUAUUAACCCUCCACACACACAUCCAAGAGCUACUGAAAUUUUGACCGUUUUGGAGGGUAGCCUUGAAGUAGGGUUUGUGAGUUCUAAUCCAGACAAUCGUCUUAUUACGAAAGUCCUUAAUAAGGGUGAUGUCUUUGUUUUCCCUAUUGGCCUUAUUCAUUUUCAAAGAAACGUAGCAAAAUAUAAUGCUAUUGCCAUUGCUGCUCUUAGUAGCCAAAACCCAGGAGUCAUAACUAUAGCUAAUGCAGUUUUUGGGUCAAAGCCUGAUAUUUCUAGUGAUAUUCUUGCCAAGGCUUUUCAGGUUGACAAGAAUGUGAUUUCUCAAAUUCAAGCUAAGUUCUAA